GGAAAAGAGAAAAAACAAAGCAUUAACAAAACCUUUGUUUAGAGAUUCUCUUCACGCUGAGAUUAAUGUUUUUCUGCAUUCUUUACCAUUUCUUUUUCUAGAGAGAGAGUGAAUAAAGAGGGUUUGACAGUUCACAAGCUUUGCUCGGUGCAGGUGGGGUCGUUCGAUCGAUUGACAUUGGCUCACUUCAACACCCGCACUUGAUUUUCCCCUUCUUCAAAAGUUUCACUAUUUAGAUUAGAAGAGGCAAGAAAUGGCAGGCGGAGGUCCACCACCGAAGGCCGACGAACCGGCGCCGCAUCCGCCGAAAGAUCAGCUUCCCAAAGUUUCCUACUGCAUUACCAGCCCUCCCCCAUGGCCGGAGGCGAUCCUUCUUGGGUUCCAGCAUUAUCUGGUGAUGCUUGGCACGACAGUCAUCAUUCCCACUGCCCUGGUUCCUCAAAUGGGUGGUGGAAAUGAGGAGAAAGCAAAAGUUAUUCAGACGUUAUUGUUCGUUGCGGGGUUAAACACACUGUUGCAAACGUGGUUUGGCACCAGAUUACCUGUUGUAAUUGGAGGUUCAUACACCUUUGUCGCACCCACAAUCUCGAUUAUUCUGUCUGGUAGAUGGGAUGACCCUGACCCUGUAUCGAGGUUCAAGAAGAUCAUGCGGGCAACACAGGGUGCACUUAUUGUUGCUUCAACCAUUCAAAUUGUUCUAGGAUUCAGUGGUCUAUGGCGUAAUGUUGCAAGAUUUCUGAGUCCGCUCUCAGCUGUACCUCUGGUUGCUCUCGCUGGUUUUGGGCUCUACGAGUUUGCUUUUCCUGGGGUUGCCAAAUGCAUUGAGAUUGGGCUGCCAAUGCUCAUCGUCUUAGUUAUCUUUUCUCAGUAUUUGGUCCACUUUGUCAAACCAGGAAAGGAUAUCCUAGACCGCUUUGCCGUUUUAUUCUCGGUGGUAGUUGUAUGGAUCUAUGCCCAUAUACUUACUGUAGGGGGGGCCUAUAGUGGGAAACCGCCAAGGACCCAAACAAGUUGCAGAACUGAUCGUGCAGGACUCAUUGAUGCUGCUCCAUGGAUAAGAGUUCCUUAUCCUUUCCAAUGGGGAGCUCCGUCAUUUGAUGCUGGUGAAGCCUUUGCCAUGAUGAUGGCUGCUUUUGUUGCUCUUGUAGAGUCAACUGGUGGAUUCAUUGCUGCAGCCAGAUAUGCGAGUGCAACUGCUACUCCGCCAUCAAUUCUCAGCCGUGGUGUUGGCUGGCAGGUAUAUCCUUGCACACUUAUUUCUCUUAACAUAGAGAGAGAGAGGCUUAUUGUCAACUUACAUCUGCUGUACAAAUGUGCCGUUUUUCUACAGGGAAUUGCUAUCUUGUUAUCUGGGUUGUUCGGAACUGGCAAUGGGUCAUCUGUAUCCAUUGAGAAUGCCGGCCUAUUAGCACUGACGCGUGUUGGCAGUCGAAGAGUAGUCCAGAUAUCUGCUGGAUUCAUGAUUUUCUUUUCUGUCCUUGGGAAAUUUGGAGCAGUCUUUGCUUCAAUUCCAGCACCUAUUGUGGCUGCUCUGUACUGCCUCUUCUUUGCAUACGUUGGUGCGGCUGGUGUGAGUUUCCUCCAGUUCUGCAACCUCAACAGUUUCCGAACAAAAUUCGUCUUAGGGUUCUCCAUCUUCCUGGGAUUCUCGAUCCCCCAGUACUUCAACGAGUACACUGCUAUACAGGGAUUCGGUCCUGUUCACACCGGGGAGAGAUGGUUCAAUGACAUGAUCAAUGUGCCCUUCUCAUCGGAAGCUUUCGUGGCGGGCAUACUGGCAUUCUUCUUGGAUAACACCCUGCACAGGAAUCCAGAAGUAAGGAAAGACAGAGGAAAGCACUGGUGGGACAAGUUCCGCUCAUACAAGACCGACAUGAGAAGUGAUGAAUUCUACUCCCUUCCCUUCAACUUGAACAAGUAUUUCCCGUCUGUGUAACUCCCUCUGCGCUCGAUGGCGAGGGAUUUUCGUCGGAAUCCGUGGUUGGUCGGUCGUCAAGUAGAAGUAAAUGCUCUGUGACCACACCACUGUGUUUCUUUAACUUGUGCCUUUUGUAACCUGGUUAUUGAGGAGAUGAAUUAGCUUGACAUUUUGAAAUAUGUCUUUAGAUUAUUUAUUUGUAUGUUUUUUCAUGUCUCUUUUUGUUGUAAAUUUAUUGGUUAUAUAAAAAGUAGCACAAUGCAAAUUUGCUGCUUUUA